CCAGGAAGUAACGUUCGCUACACCCUCAAAACAAAAGCGUACAACGCAGUUUUUCGCCAAAUUAUGUCACAUUUUACAAAAUUGCUCCGUAAAUUACGUUGUAACACGAGAGACUUUGUAUGUGUCGACAGUCCGCGGUCCGGUUAAAGUUUACCACCGACAUAAUUUGUACUUUAUUCUUUCGCUUGAGCCACUUUGCUAACGUUUGUAGCAGGCUGAGGAGUUAGCAUAAACAGCUAAUGUUGCUGUAACUUCAUGUGGAUAAGGGUUCACAGCAAGACUGAGCCAAAGGCGACUUUGAAUGUAAAAGUGGACGAGUGUUCAUACACAGAGGACGAUGCCUCGCCUGCAGUCUGGUGUUUGGAAGCACUUCACCCCAGCUAUCAAAGAUGGUAGGGAAACCUUCAUGUGCAACUACUGUUUAAAGACAUACACAAAGAAUGCUACCAAGAUGCAGAUGCAUUUGGACAAAUGCAAGGAGUACUCUGUGGUUUCGCAGCAGUCACCAGGCCGAGAUGGGAGCUCCUCUGCCUCCAUUCCUGUUCCCUCCCUCUCUUUCUUACCAUCUGCUUCUCCAGGGGGACAGUUCCUCAUUGAUUCGGUGGAUCAGCGCAGCCAGGCAUUUGCCGACGAGUGCCUAGCAAGAGCUGUGUACGCCACUUCGUCGCCCUUAACUCUCGCAGACAAUAUUUAUUGGAAAAGAUUUUUCAGCGUGCUCAGGCCUGCUUACUGUCUGCCCACCAGAGAGGCCUUGUCCUCUCAUCUACUGGACUGCGAGUAUGACAGAGUGCAAAGCCAGGUUCAUGAGGCCAUUGGAAAAGCAGACUGUGUCACCAUCAUCUGCAGUGGCUGGUCUAAUGUUAAAGAAACUGGAACUAUCCUUUUUUCUGUCGCAACUCCUGUACCGUUUUUCUACAAAUGUACAAUGGUAAAGGAGCAGACACACACAAGCACUUAUAUUGCUGAGGAGCUGAAAGAUGUUAUAAAUGAAGUGGGACCACAAAAAGUGUUUGCUGUUGUCACUGACGACGCCCCAGAAAUGAUGGCGGCUUGGACUCAAGUAGAAAAGGCAUUCCCACACAUAUCAGCUAUUGGCUGCACAUCGUGUGGAGUCCAACAGCUCUUCGAUGACAUAGUUUCAACGCCAUCUAUGAGGGCUGUGUGCAGGAGAGCUGAGCAGGUGGUGAGAUAUGUCACAGAGCAAAAAAUCUUAGCAGAGACCUUUAAAUGCUGGCAGACAACAAAGAUAAGAAACCACACCGCUAGUGGGACGACAUUGACACUGCCUGUUAACUCUGACUGGACUGGUGUGGUUAACAUGUUCAACAGCCUCCUGGAGGGUCAGAACACGCUACAAAAGAUGGCUGCUUCACCCACACUUAACAUUGAAACAUCUAUCAGGGUCAGGAUACAAGAUGCUUCAUUUUGGAAAGAGUUAAGCAGCAGUCGAAACCUGCUCUACUUGAUUGGGAAUUACAUUGAUUACAUGAAGAGAGAAGACGCUGUGUUAUCCGGUGUUGUUGACAUGUUCAGUCAGUUAAGACACCACAUCGGAGCUAUGCUGUCCAGGUCUGUGCUGCACAGUGCUGAACAGAAAGCCGUCAUGGCGUCAUUAGACAGGUGUCAGGAGUUUUGCGUAAAGCCCAUCCACGCAGCAGCGUAUAUGCUGGAUCCACAGCAUGUCGGACAGCAGACACUCUCCGGGGAGCAGAUAAACAGCGCUUACUAUGUGAUUUCCAACCUGUCACACCAUCUAAAUCUUGAUGAGGGUAAAGUGCUUGGCAGCUUCGCCAGAUUCUCAGCCAAGCAGGGAUUAUGGAAGGGUGCCGGGAUAUGGAGCUCAUGCCAGCACGUGUCAGCAUCCACCUGGUGGAAAGGGCUGUGUUCCUCUGAGCCGCUGUCCGCUGUGGCCUUUGCUAUACUUCAGAUCCCACCGACAACAGGUGCCUGUGAGCGCCUGCGGUCACGCUUUUGCAGUACAAAGGUGCAAGGUUCUCUCUCAGCUGACAGGGUGCAAAAACUGGUGGCAGUACAGACCAAUCUCAACCUUAUAGAGCCAAGUGAUUGCGACUAUGCUCAGCUGGAGAGUGAGGAAGAGAAGAAAGUAUCAUUUCAAUCUGAGACUCAAUAGUAAGACAAAAUGAGAUAUCUGAAGCCAUGUAGGGCAGACAGCAUGAACUGUGAUUCUCAUUCCUUGUGAAGGAAAUAUAUUUAGAAAUAGCCUUACAAGUCAAUAAAAUACAGACAAAUAAAUUCGGUUUGUCAGAUUAAAUGUAAAUUUCCUCUGAGAUGUCUGAACUUGCACUGUGCUCUUAUUCCUCUCUUCACUCCAAGGUCUUGUAAAAUAAAAAUGAAAUGCAUAAUGAGUGACAGAAUCUGAUGCCUUAUUGUGCUUUAAUCAUAUACAAUACAAUAGUUAUUUUGCACUUCCUCUUCAGUUACUGUUUCAACUUAAUAAGCACAAUAUGAAAUAUUAACAGACUAACAAGAGCUCUUAUCUUCUCUUUUAGAGUAUGUUGCUAAUAAAUUCAGUUUCAGUUUAUUUUAUUUAAGAAGCGACCGUGAAAAAUAAUUAAUGCUGCCGAUACAAAAAUGCCAGAAUUACGGUAGCCAAGAGGCUUUUUUUUUAUCUGUAGUCCCUUGGCCAAGAUGUAUCAUAAGGCUACUUAAAAUACAACAAAGCAAAAAAACACAAACAAAAAGACAGGGCAUACAGUUUGAACACGUCUUUAAAUACAUCAGCAAGAGAAAGAAAGAAAGAAAGAAAGAAAGAAAGAAAGAAAGAAAAAAAAAGACAGUACAUGCAAUCUAAAGACUGGAAAAAGGUUGCACAAUGUUUUAAAGCAGUAGAGGCAGUAGUGACAUGCGCAGAUAUAACAACAUUGCAAAAAUAGCAGGACAUAUAAAUAGCAGCAGAAAAGACUUCAGUGCUCACACAUGUAUGUAUUAAUCAUCCAUUGUUUUAAUUGGUUACUGAAAGAUUUAUAAGUGUGUAGUUAAUGUAAUAAUUCGGGGAAAUAUGUUUCUUCACUUUCUUGUUUGUACAGAUUGAACAAAUGAGAAAUA